AUGUGGUGGGUACUCCCAGAGAGCUCCAGCGAUCUGGCUAGUCAGGCGUUGAGCUUUGGUCCAAGAGGCCCAUUCUUUGGCUAUUAUCGUAACAUGAUGACCAGCAUCAAGCAGCGUCCAAGCGGUGGUAAGGCCUAUGACGCCAGCUCCAAUGACCAGAAAAUUGUGGGAGGUCUCGUCUGGAUCGGCCAGCCGGGAGCGAGUGGGGCUGAUGUCGUGAUAUAG